AUGGAGUGGAAGAAAGACAACAAGACAUACCAAAUCCUCACAGCCGCGGAGAAAGGAGGCUACGGUGUUGUAGCUCCUAUCGCCUACAACAUCGAGUGUAUCCUCGGUUGCAUUCGUGCCGCCGAAGCGAAACGCGCACCAUUGAUACUGCAAGUAUUCCCCUGGGCCAUUACCUACAGCGACGGGCUUCUUAUCCAUGCUGCCGCGAAGGCUGCUCGCGAAGCAACUGUCCCUGUCUCGAUUCAUCUCGACCACGCACAAGACGAGAAACUCAUCCGCCAUGCUGCCGCCAAUCUGCCUUUCGACUCGAUCAUGGUGGACAUGAGCCACUAUGAGAUGGAGGAGAAUUUGGCCAAAACGAAAGAGCUGGUGGCUCUCUGCAACGAGCACAAGAUCUGCACCGAAGCCGAGCCUGGGCGCAUCGAGGGAGGCGAAGAUGGCAUCGCAGAUACAGCAGACCUAGAGGGUGCCCUGACCACGGAAGACCAAGUGGAAGAUUUCAUCGCCACCGGCAUUGACUUCUUGGCACCCGCUUUUGGCAAUGUGCACGGAGAGUAUGGCACCCGAGGUCCUGUUUUAGAAUAUGAUCGUCUGGCGAUGAUUCGUCAAAAAGCCAACGGCCGGGUGCGGAUCGUGCUUCACGGUACCAACGACUUCCCAAACGAUGUAAUGCAGAAGUGCGUGCAAGGUGGCUGCAGCAAGAUAAACGUGAAUAAGCUGGUAUUGGAUGAUUAUCUUGCAUACUUGAAGCAGAAAGCCCCCACGACAAGUCUGACGACGCUUAUGGAAGAGGGCACAAAAGAGAUCCAGAAGCUCAUGGAGUGGCAGAUGGAUAUCACAGGUUCCACAGGAAAGGCGUAG